CUCUCUGUAGCGGAAGUGGCUCGCCGGAGAGUUUCGGCUGGCUGACAGCAGAGGGAGAGAGAGAGAGAAAGGGAAAUGGCGCCUCGGCACUCCACUAGCUGAGACACAGUCAGAACGAAAGCAACUGGCAAGAGCUACAGGACAGGAUCUGUCUAUCAGCGGGGACAGACAGCAAUCAUGGUGAACACCAGAAAGAGCUCGGAGCACAAGCCCAUCGGUCCCUUUAUCUCGGGCCGGACGAGGUCGUCUCAGAGGAACAACCCAAACUUGGACGAGCACAACAGCCGUGUAAGGAAGAGAGAGACACCGGCAGCCUAUUCUCUCCGCCAGCCGGUUAGCGAGCUGCUCACUCUGGCCUUUUGGAGAUGGAUGGAUGGAUGUCGAAUGAGUCUGAGGGGUGAUUCCACAUCAGAUGGGGACCACGGUCGCAUGAACGGUCAUGUUGAGCUCAAGAGAAGCCGUCGUGUCAGGAAGUCCCAGUUCGAACACCUCAAUCAGAGUUUACUUUUUGACCAACUUGUCAACAGUACGGCAGAAGCAGUUCUUCAAGAGAUGGACAACAUCAGCAGCAUACGGCAGAAUCGGGAAGUGGAGCGCCUCCGCAUGUGGACGGACACUGAACUGGAAAACAUGGACAUGUAUUCCCGCGUGAAGAGGAGGAAAUCUUUGCGUAGGAACACGUAUGGAAUGCAGGCGCAUCACAAAGUCAUGAGCAAAUCAAAAGACCCAGAAGAGGAAGAAGGAACUGAUGAGUCACAUGAGGAGGGAGAGGAGGAUGAGGAUGUGGAGGCUGAUGAUGAUGAAGAUGAUGAAGGAGAUGAGGCAGAAGAGGCUGGAGAGGAGAAUGACAGACCGUAUAACCUCAGGCAGCGUAAAACUGUGCAGCGAUAUGAAGCACCCCCAAUAGAGCCAGUGAACAGGAAGCAAAGCAAGGGCUCUCUGUUCGAAACACACAGAUCUCCUGCAAGAAGAAGCCAUAUUAGAAUAAAGAAACAUGCCAUUCACAGUAGUGAAUCAACAUCAUCGUCUGAUGAAGAGCGCUUUGAGAGGCGGAAAAGCAAAAGCAUGAGCCGAGCUCGUAACAGGUGUCUACCCAUGAACCUGCGGGCAGAAGAUCUGACCAGCGGUGUGCUUCGAGACCGAGUAAAAGUGGGUGCCAGUUUGGCAGAUGUGGAUCCCAUGAAUCUAGACUCUUCUGUGAAGUUUGACAGUGUAGGCGGUCUCACCCAUCACAUCCAGUCUUUAAAGGAGAUGGUUGUCUUUCCUCUACUAUAUCCAGAAGUGUUUGCGAAGUUUAAGAUCCAGCCCCCAAGAGGAUGUCUGUUCUAUGGGCCUCCAGGAACUGGGAAGACGCUGGUGGCACGGGCUUUGGCCAAUGAAUGCAGUCAGGGUGACAGGAAGGUGUCUUUUUUCAUGCGCAAAGGAGCCGACUGCCUUAGCAAAUGGGUGGGAGAGUCUGAACGACAGCUCCGCCUACUUUUUGACCAGGUGACCCUCAUGAGACCCUCCAUCAUCUUUUUCGAUGAGAUUGAUGGCCUCGCUCCUGUUCGCUCCAGCAGGCAGGAUCAAAUUCACAGCUCCAUAGUGUCUACAUUACUGGCAUUGAUGGAUGGUUUGGACAGCCGGGGGGAGAUAGUGGUCAUCGGUGCUACAAAUAGACUCGACUCUAUCGACCCCGCACUCAGGAGGCCCGGACGCUUUGACCGGGAGUUUCUGUUCAACCUGCCAGAUAAAAAGGCUCGAAAGCACAUUCUGGAAAUCCACACCAGGGACUGGAGCCCCAAGCUUGCUGAACCCUUCAUAGAUGAGCUAGCUGAGAAAUGUGUCGGUUACUGUGGGGCCGACAUCAAAGCACUUUGCACAGAGGCUGUGCUAGCGGCUCUGCGGCGGCGCUAUCCUCAGAUCUACAGCAGCAGCCAGCGUUAUCAGUUGGACGUGGCCUCUAUCGUUUUGUGGCCACAAGACUUUGGUUGUGCUCUGCGCUCCAUAGUACCUGCGGGUCAAAGGGCCCUGGCUCCGCCCGGCCAGGCCCUUUCCUACGUGUUGAAGCCCCUGCUGGAGCCCACACUGGCCCAAACACUGGCCUGCCUGAUGCGAGUCUUCCCCCACACAGAGCUCCUGCACAGGGAACACACACACGACACUGACAAUCAUCUGUUGGUGAAAGACUCGUACAGCGAGGACGAGGAAUGUCUUGGUGCCCCUUCCAUUUAUGAAACUCAGUCAGGAUCGCCGAAGAAAGCAGCUUCCUGCACGACCCAUAAACCCUUUCUCCACUUUACCACUUCUGCCUACCAGCAGCCCACCUCUUACCGGCCACGGCUGCUGCUGACGGGACCCCAGGGCGCGGGGCAGAGCACACACCUGGCCCCUGCUGUGCUGCACCACCUGGAGAAGUUCACUGUGCACCGUCUCGACCUACCCACGCUAUACUCCGUCAGUGCCAAAACCCCAGAGGAGUCCUGCGCUCAGGUGUUUCGUGAGGCUCGGCGCUGUGUACCCAGCAUCAUCUAUAUGCCUCACAUCAGUGACUGGUGGGAAGCCAUCAGUGAGACGGUCAAGAGCAGCUUCCUCACACUCCUGCAGGAUGUACCCUCAUUCACACCGCUCCUCAUCCUCGCCACAGCAGAGACCAUCUACCAGCAACUUCCUGACGAGGUGACCAAUCUGUCCCCUGAACAUACCCCUAACCCUUUUGAAAAAGAUGCCUUGUUCUCUGGCGAGUUGAAAGGCCUAUUUAGUCUCUCGGCUCUCUUCCUCUCAGAAUCUGCAUUAGUCUCCAAGUCUUCUAUCAGCUCUGAGACAAAUCAUAAAAUCACUACCUGGCUCUUUUGUGGGCUACUUGCUCUGCUUCCCUUCAUCUCGCCUCAAGAGUUUGGACCAAAGAAGCCUGAAAGCAACCUGAGUGGAAACAGAUCUGCUAAGAGUGGACUAAGAUUGUGCGCUCUGGAGGUGCUGACCCUCGUUGAAGACCCCGGCCCUCGGCAGCUCUCACCAGAGGAGCAGUGGCGACUGGAGGAGCAGGAGGAGAACACCUUGCGCGAGCUCCGCCUCUUUCUCAGGGACAUCACAAAGCGGCUCGCCACCGACAAGCGCUUCCAGAUCUUCAGCAAACCUGUGGACAUUGAGGAGGUUUCAGACUACCUUGAGGUUAUCAAACAGCCUAUGGACCUGUCCACCAUCAUGAUGAAGAUCGACACUCACAAAUACUUGGUCGCCAAGGAUUUUCUUGUGGACAUUGACCUCAUUUGCAGCAAUGCGUUAGAGUACAAUCCAGACAAGGACCCCGGAGAUAAAAUCAUCCGCCACAGGGCCUGCAGUCUGAAGGAUACUGCGCACGCCACGAUCGCCUCUGAACUGGACCCUGAGUUUGACCGCAUGUGCGAGGAGAUCAAGGAGUCCCGCAGGAAGAGAGCCUCUCAGACCACACCGCAGCUGCAAGUCCCUCCAAGCGCCGCGGCUGCCAGGAAGCCUGUGGGAGAGGAGGUGGAGUUAAACAGUUCUCAGGGUGACGGACUGGACAAGCACUGCAGCAAUAACAUAAAGCGCAAGUUGCGGCGGCGACCGAUUUGGGGGCGGGGCAUCAUCAGGAAGAAAAAGAGCUAUAAAAAGGAGGAAGCAGAGGAAGAUGAUGAACUGGAAGAGGAGGAAGGAGCGGACAACUCUGCUGCAGCGGUGCAAGGUGACGCCUGUCUCACCCAGGAUGAGUCGUCCUGUGAUGCCAUGGAGCUCCAUCCUGACAAGCAACCACUUCAGGCCAACGGACACGUCCUCUCCACGGAGGAGGAGAAUUCCUCUGAGCCGACGGCCACUCGGGACCCUCAGGGCGAGAAAGAGCCCAUCAAGGCCCACUUGGAGGAGGCUUCCAGCAGUGAGGAGGCCGAGACGGUCCCCGCUCCUCAAGAGUGUGUGAAUGGAAAUGAAUCUAUGGACAGUGUUUACAGUGAGGCUCUUGAUAAAGAAACAGAGGUAGACUCUAUUAAAAAAGAUGCACUUGAGGUGGAGCAUAAGGAGCCUUCUGCCCCAGAAUGCAAUGCAAAGGAGAAUGCAACAUCAGCGGAGGGGAUGGCAUCUGAUGGCGACCAUGAAACAGAAGGUUCAUCAAAAGGGAAGCACAAGUCAAACGAGUCGGCCGUCGGACUCGAGGAGACUGUGGAACUUCCGCCACCUCCGGCUCUCGUGGUUGACCACCAGCGGCUCAAGGCUCUGUUGGAGAAGGUGGUUGUGAAAAGUGAUGGCUUUAGUGUGGAUCAUCUGGAGAGAGUUUACUCCGUGCUCAGCCAGUGUAUUUACCAGCACCGCAGAGACUACGACAAGACCUGUCUGAUAGAGGCGAUGGAGAAGUUGAACAUGUCGAAACAUUCCUGUGAUGAAUAGAGGGCUUUCAGAGAGAAACGUGAUCGGAGAGUCUUUUGAUACAAGAGGGAGAGGCCGGCGUUUUGAGCCAAGUCCUUAACGCAGAGCAGGUCUGGACGCCUCGGUCUCAGAUAACAGCAGGAAGGGGAAAAAAAGGUGCAGACAUUAGAAACAAAGACUUACAGAGGCGACCUUGGUGCUAUCAUCUCAGGUACCUGAAACAGAACCAAACACAAAAACUCCUGGAGGUUUCCUUUUUAAUCGUUUCGUUUUUGUACUUGCUUACAUGCCAAUUGAUCGUUCUUGGUGCUAAUGGGUGCUAUUGUUUUGUUUAGUUUUUUUUCUAUUUUUUUUCGUCUGCUGCUCCUUGUUCUCAUAAAUAAGCAAACAAAACA